AUGUGUCGCCGAAGAGUUAAAUGUGCGCACCAAACAGUGGUCGAGACCACUGUGAGACCGCAUAUCGUGGCAUUUCUUGUGAUAGUUACGGUACUGAUGCAACAUUCUAUAGUAUGCAUUCACUUGGAUAUAGAACGAGUAGACUAUUUAAUAUUGAAUAAUAUUAAGAUAGACGAAAAAAAUUUAUAUAAAUAUAUCGACAAACACGAACAACUAAUGCUGUUUGGUGGCAGUCCGAAGGACGACUUUACGAUUAUAAGCGUACACCAAAGAAAACGUGCAGCCAGAUCAUGGCCCGGUAUUGGGCAUUUACACUUUAAUAUGGGAGGCGCAGGUGCCAACUUUUCACUACAGCUACAGAAAUCGGAUAUUUUGAUAGACGAUUCGUUUGUCUUCCUAAAACACUACGACAACAGUACGGUCCUCCUAGACGAUUCCUAUGACCGCAUAAUGAGGUACAAAGAUUGUUUCUACCGAAAUGAACGUGCCGCGUUCGACCUAUGCGAAGGGAACGUUCGUGGGUUGGUCAGAUCGAAUGAAACCAAUAUUAUCAUACACCCGCUACCGGAACGAUUUGGGAAAAGGGCGCAUAUUUUACUGAACAAGGACAAACUGCAAGACACGCGAUCGAUCGCGGAGCUCCCAGUAGCAGUCCAAACCCAUGGACGGCGACACAAGCGCCAAUUGGACGGCAUCUCGGUCGUACCGGAUGUGUUGCACAUUGAAACCGCCAUCUUUAUCGACAAGGACCUGUAUCGGCACAUGGUGAAAAACUAUCCCAAAAACACGGAGGGUUAUCUCAUACGUUUUAUCCUGACCAUGAUAAACGGGGUUCAAAUCCUGUACAACCACCCAUCGUUGGGACACACGAUCAACUUCAUUCUGAAACGGCUGGAAAUACUACACAACGACCCCCAGGAUCUACGGAGAUCGAUCGAUAUUGACGUCUACCUCAACAGUUUCUGUGGCUGGCAGCGGAAGCUCAACCCGAUUUCCGAUGCCGAUCCGGUGCACUUUGAUCAUGCCAUUAUACUCACGGGCUUGGAUCUGUUCGUGGUGAACAAGAAUGGGAAAAGCAGCAAUCAAGUGGUGGGCCUGGCGCCCGUCAGCGGAAUGUGCACGGCCACAUCCAGUUGCACCAUCAACGAGGGAAAGCACUUUGAAAGUGUAUUUGUCGUUUCCCACGAGAUAGGGCACAAUCUCGGCAUGCGACAUGACACAUCGGAAAACAACUGUGAUCCUACUUUGUACAUCAUGUCACCCACUCUGGGCAGUGGCAAAACCUCGUGGUCGUCUUGCAGUAGAAACUAUUUGAAUGCUUUCCUUAAAACAUCGCAGGCCACCUGCUUAUUCGAUCGAGGACAUUACGAAUUGCUACUCGAUCACACGCGGGAGGGAAAGCUGCCCGGUGAGCGGUUCGAUGCCGACCAACAGUGCCUGCUGAAGUACGGAAAGGAUAGUGUGCGAUCGAAAACACAAGAUUUAACCGAUAUUUGCCGGGACUUGCACUGCCAGCGGGAUCGCUAUACCUGGACCUCUCAUCCUGCCCUGGAGGGAACUAGCUGUGGAAAAGCGAUGUGGUGCAGAAGUGGCGUUUGUACAUCGAAAAUCACGAGCCUUUCAGCACACCCGAACGGUCAGCGUAUCACCGCAUUCAAAACAAUAGACAAGAAAACUUUUCUGGAAGGCAUCAGACUUGCCAGUUUGAAACAGGAUUUAACGAAAGCGAUUAGUGUAAUUCCAACGUGGAGCCAGUGGAGUGACCCAACGGAAUGCGUUUCGGGAUGUUUGUACGGAGAGUCGGGAAGGUUGAAAGAAGGAAGCACGGGGCUGCGGCAAUUUACGCGAACAUGUCUCGACAAACGUAAGCACUGCUCAGGUUCCAGCCGAAAGUACGAGACGUGCCUCAACAAGCAGUGUUACAAUAUUGCGCGGAUAACGGUAUCGGAGUUUUCCAAUCAAAUUUGCGGCCGUGCUCAGGAGUUUGAUGCUGACAUCAUAGGGUAUGGCUUGCAGAAGGCAGUUCUAGAUGCCGAAGACGCCUGUAAAGUAUUUUGUGCCACAAAAUCUGGCACACCGAAGACCAAAAGCUGGAUUUACCCCGAUGGAACUAGGUGCCAGCUGUUGGAUGGAAACCAGCAGGACACGUACUACUGUGUGAGCGGUCGCUGCGAGCUGUUUGAUUGCAACAACACGACCAACAACUACUAUCGACUACACGCAAUGCUUUGCCCGUCGAGCUAUGAUGUGGAGCGAAUAAGUAACAGUAUAUAUCGAGAAAAUCACCGAGAUUACAAAGAGUUCCGCUUGACCCAAAAAAGUGUGUCAACCAAUCAAAUUGCUGAAAGGAUGACUACUAUUACACAAGGUACACGUAGCUCUCAGUACUUAGUUGAUAUGUGCGUUGUAACCGGAAAACCAAACGGCGAUAGUUACAUUACAGAUCAUUAUAAUGCGCGCGAUGCGCAAGCUCUUCAUUCCACAAGAUUAUCGGAGUUCGAAAGCCGCAACCUCAGCCGGGAAGUUAAAUCAGCUUGCUAUUUUGGUUGCGUCGAGGACACCAAAGGCAUUCAACUAGUAACCACUUCAGAGGGCAGUGCCAGGAUAAAGCUUUGCAAUGUGAAUACCAUUGCAUGUGACAGCGUAGUGUCGAUGAACGAAUUUGCGACUCAACUCUGUAAGCGGUAUCAAAAGAGGGUUAGGGGUUUAUCAGGAAACGGAAUGCAAAUAGCAGCCACCGCGGCCAAUCCUGACCGAAGUUGCCGUAUCGCAUGUCAAGACUUGUUCCUAAGCCACCGUUUCUAUUUUGUUAACGGCGAACAAGGCCUCUUUCCGGUUGGGUCACGUUGUAAUCAUAACCAACAGAACCGUUACUGUGUGAAUGGAAAAUGUCUGCUGUUCGGUAAUGAUGGUAUGCCCGUUAACGACUCAAACGCGCACGGUUCACCGAACCGAAUAAGAAGAUCGGCAACACAAAGUGACAAAAUCUUCGAAUAUUUUCUACCAAGCAGUGUAACAAAGCAAAUCAAUCUAGCCUUUAUGAAAGCCUUAAUCGCAGGCAUUUCGCAAACUUAUGCUGCCGAUGACACAACUGUGGAAGAUGGAAUCAAUUUUGGAAAUCCUGUCGAUCUACUUGAUCCAGUUGCGUGA